AUGCUAUCGUCUAUUAUACAGAGAUCAAUCAAUUGCACUAUAACACUUCAAAGACUAUAUAUAUACCUUAGCUUUAUUAAGAGAGAGUCAUCAUAUACUAUGGCAAGUUUCAAGAUAUGGGUUUGCCUCGUUUUGCUUCUACUACUCGAACUAACCCCAGUGCACCAAUGUCGAUCUUUGGUCACAGAAGAGCGACUUUCCGGUUCAAGUCGUCUGAUGAAGAUUAGGAGAGAGCUUUCUGAGAUGCUAAAAGAGCUGAAUGCUAGAUUAGAGGGUGAAGGCGUGGUCCUUGGCAAUACUCUUGACUCGAAGCGGCUCAGCCCCGGUGGUCCUGACCCAAGGCAUCACUAACGAAGGAGGAGACAAAACAAUUCUGCAUGCAGUUGAUUUUGUUGGGAGAGGUUUUAAUAUUAUUACAACUUUUUGAACUUAACUGUAACGGUGUAGUGUUUAAUUUCACUGACACCGGCUUAUAAACAUUUAAGCUUAAGUCUUCAAAUUAUAAGUUGAAAGAUGUGUGACAUAAAGCAGCUUGUUUGAUCUAAUAAACAU